CUUAUUCGUUGGCUGGGCGACCUCUGGCAUCUGGACCGCGGAGUUGAGCCCGGAAAAGCACACUCAAGGUCGGCACACUGUAACACCUUCCUUUUCUCCAGAGCACCAAAGUCCAUCAUGGAAGCUGUUCAAACUUUUGGCCGCAAGAAAACCGCCACUGCUGUUGCCCACUGCAAGAAGGGUCGUGGCCUUAUCCGUGUCAACGGUUCUCCUCUUGAACUCCUCGAACCCGAGAUUUUGAAGUUCAAGGUCUACGAAGUUGUCCUUCUCCUUGGUGAAGAACGUUUCGCUAACAUCGACAUUCGUCUCCGUGUCCAAGGUGGUGGUCACACUUCCCAAGUCUACGCCAUUCGUCAGGCUCUUGCCAAGGCCGUCGUCGCUUUCUACCAAAAGUUCGUUGACGAAGCCGCCAAGAAGGAGAUCAAGGAGAUCCUUGUCCAGUACGAUCGUACUCUCCUUGUUGCCGAUCCCCGUCGUUGCGAGCCCAAGAAGUUUGCUGGUCCUGGUGCCCGUGCUCGUUACCAGAAGUCUUACCGUUAAACCUAUUCUUGGCAACCACACACUUUUGGAAGCAUUUUCUUUCUUCCUGUUGUCGUGGAUACGUUUUUCCUUUAGAAGUGAUAUUCUUCAUUCAUAAAGAAUCAAAACAUGAGUCUUUUUUCAUGUCACAUAA